GGAGAGGCGGCUCCGCGGCCGCAGGCGCAGGCCCGGGCCGAUAAGCGAGACGCGGGGAGCGCCGGCCCGUGGCAGCUCCGAGUCCCAACAUGCGCCGGUCGGUCUGGCUGGUGCUGGCCGCGUCGCUCUUGCACGUGUCCCUACAAGGCGAGUUCCAGAGGAAGCUCUACAAGGAGCUGGUCAAGAACUACAACCCCUUGGAGAGGCCGGUGGCCAACGACUCGCAACCGCUCACCGUCUACUUCUCCCUGAGUCUCCUGCAGAUCAUGGACGUGGAUGAGAAGAACCAAGUUUUAACCACCAACAUUUGGCUGCAGAUGUCUUGGACAGAUCACUAUUUGCAAUGGAAUAUGUCAGAAUAUCCGGGUGUGAAGACUGUUCGUUUCCCAGAUGGCCUGAUUUGGAAGCCAGACAUUCUUCUCUAUAACAGUGCUGAUGAGCGAUUCGAUGCCACAUUCCACACCAACGUGUUAGUUAAUUCUUCUGGGUAUUGCCAGUACCUCCCUCCAGCAUUUAACAAACUCCAUGGUUGCUUGUAUGAUAUACCCAUUAAAAUAAACAAGUGGGGUAAUUUUACUCAGACACGGUUCCUUUCCCCUGUUGCUCAUGGAGGCAUCCCAGGCAAGCGAAGUGAGAAGUUCUAUGAGUGCUGCAAAGAGCCCUACCCAGACGUCACCUUCACGGUGACCAUUCGCCGCAGGACCCUCUACUAUGGCCUCAACCUGCUCAUCCCCUGUGUGCUCAUCUCUGCGCUGGCCCUCCUCGUCUUCUUGCUCCCUGCAGAUUCAGGGGAGAAAAUUUCCCUGGCAUUUAACAAACUCCAUGGUUGCUUGUAUGAUAUACCCAUUAAAAUAAACAAGUGGGGUAAUUUUACUCAGACACGGUUCCUUUCCCCUGUUGCUCAUGGAGGCAUCCCAGGCAAGCGAAGUGAGAAGUUCUAUGAGUGCUGCAAAGAGCCCUACCCAGACGUCACCUUCACAGUGACCAUUCGCCGCAGGACCCUCUACUAUGGCCUCAACCUGCUCAUCCCCUGUGUGCUCAUCUCUGCGCUGGCCCUCCUCGUCUUCUUGCUCCCUGCAGAUUCAGGGGAGAAAAUUUCCCUGGGGAUAACCGUUUUACUCUCUCUCACUGUCUUCAUGUUGCUGGUGGCUGAAAUCAUGCCUGCGACAUCCGACUCAGUGCCCUUGAUAGCCCAGUACUUUGCCAGCACCAUGAUCAUCGUGGGCCUCUCCGUGGUGGUGACGGUGAUUGUGCUGCAGUACCACCACCAUGACCCCGACGGCGGCAAGAUGCCCAAGUGGACCAGAGUCAUCCUUCUGAACUGGUGCGCGUGGUUCCUGCGGAUGAAGAGGCCAGGGGAGGACAAGGUGAGGCCGGCCUGUCAGCACAAGCAGCGCCGCUGCAGCCUGGCCAGCGUGGAGAUGAGCGCAGUGGCAGGACCGCCCACCACCAACGGCAACCUGCUCUACAUUGGCUUCCGGGGCCUGGACGGGGUGCAUUGCGCCCCCACCCCCGACUCGGGUGUAGUGUGUGGCCGCAUGGCCUGCUCCCCCACGCACGACGAGCACCUCCUGCACAGCGGGCAGCCCUCCGAGGGGGACCCGGAUCUGGCCAAGAUCCUGGAGGAGGUCCGCUACAUCGCCAACCGCUUCCGCUGCCAGGAUGAGAGCGAAGCCAUCUGCAGUGAGUGGAAGUUUGCGGCCUGCGUGGUGGACCGCCUGUGUCUCAUGGCCUUCUCCGUCUUCACCAUCAUCUGCACCAUCGGCAUCCUGAUGUCAGCUCCAAACUUCGUCGAGGCUGUGUCCAAAGACUUUGCUUAACCUGAUUCUGGUCCCCGGCAUGUAGGAAACACACAGGCAGGCAAUGCCGUUGGCUUGGGGAGAAUUUGGGGUGCUAAUCCCACAGCCACACUAGACGUGAGGACGCCAGUGUACCUGUAGCGCUCGCCUUCAGUCAUGUCCGUUACAGUUUCCUUGUUACUUUCAGUAAUAGGAUCUCAGCACGUUUUUGUUUAAUCCUCUCAGAUGGGCUGCUUGAUAUUCUUGGAACAUCCUUAGGCUCACCAGGACCACUGAGAGGUCCUUUUGCCCAUUCCCCAGUGCCUGGUGAGCCCUUCAGAGAGGUCGGGGUGGCUCAGGAUGGCCAGGGGAGGCCUGUACAGUUGGUUUUGCAUGCCUGCAUGUCACUUGCCAAGAAGGCCUACGUGAAAAUUCAGCAUAAGCUUUUGCCUGUUUACAAACCUAGAUUGAAAGUAAUAAUAAUAGUAUAAACCACACUCACUAGAUCCAUUCUAAUAAUUGGUAAAAGGACACAACACUAAAACUAAAAACCUAACUGCUGAUUUUUCUGCGGUUCAGAUUUUAUUUUCUCUACCAAAGAUGGUGGAGAGAAACAAUUUCACACUGUUCCUGCAUUUUAUAAGAGAGAGACAGACAUAGUUGGUCUUGUAAAUUAUGCUUUUACCAGCCUGAUUUCUGCCAACCUACCCUGUGGUGGGAAUUAGGAGGGACACAGAUGUGUGUUGAUUCUGAACUAGGACCAGAUCCGGGCAAGUCAGGGGGAUUUCUGCAGAUACAGGAGACUCCCAAACUUUCUGUGCUGCCCUCGGACACUGGGGAGUUGAGUUUGCCCUAUUCUGAAAAACACAAAGGACAAAUAGAGUUCUAUUAGAAUUACCAGCCCAACGUAAUAGCUAAAGUUAAAUUAAGCCAGCUAUGUGUGUGUGUGUGUUUUGUUUUUUGUUUCUUGUUUUUGUUUUGUUUCGAUAAUGCAUUAGAUGUUUCUCAUGUACUAGAGUUGUUUAGUCGUAGAAACUUGUGGAUCCAUACAAAUGCACAACAUAAAGUGAAAGUAUAUUAUGCUUUUCCUUAUGUGUCAUGGCCAAGGAGCAGGAUCUGGGAUCUCUUCUGGUUCCUUGUAUGGCAGGAACUGGGAAGGGGAGGAUGUGGCCAGGGGCUUUCCUGGAUGCAAGGCCAGUGGUAGUCAGCAGGAGGGGCUGGCAGGCUGAGUGGCUGUAUGACCAGUAACUCCAGUCUCUGGCUUUUAGGGAUCUGCUUUCCCACAGCUCAACUACCCCAAGGUCAGCCCAGAAAGGUGGCUCAAACAGGUAACUUCACUGGAGAUAAGUGUUUUUGAAAGCAAGGGAAACUUUAAUUUAAUUUAAUUUAAUAAUUUUUAAAAAAAUUUUAUUAUAUUAUGUUAGUCACCAUAUAGUACAUCCCUGGUUUUUGAUGUAAAGUUUGAUGAUUCAUUAG